CUACAUUUACCGAACUACGGGAUAGUAUACCUAGUGAGAGUUGUAUGGCAAAAGGAGGAGGGGAGAAUGCAACGAAGGCCCCGCAAGAAGGAACGCCUAAAACAAUAGUGGAUAAGGAGGCCAUUAUAUAUAGGGCGACAGAAUAUAUUUCGCUCCUUGAGGACAGAAAUAGAUCUCUCCUAGAAGAGCGCAUAGUACUGGAGUCGAGAAUCGCUGCGUUUGAGCUGCUAUUUCGACGUUACUGAUCUUCUGCGCGGACCGGGCUCUGAUAGAGCAUCGAUAUGGUCGGUUUUCACGUGCAUGUCGCGGCGGGUGUUGAGGGACUGCAGGGCCGCCAGGCUACUGGGGACCGCCUGGGCAAGA